GUUGAUCACGCUUGCUAGGCUUACCGGUAAUGCUAAGAGGAUGUUCAUACCUGCCCGGGAGGGAAGUACUAUCUUUUGACUUCUUUGUUUUAGAAUAAAGUAAAUCCAACAUUUUAUAUUGGUUUCAUAUUGCAAUAAAUCUGUGUAUGUUUUACUAGUUCUAUAUUGUACUUGCUGAGUAUUCUUUACUCUUGUGUUUAAAUUGGUUUUUAGGUACCUAAUAAUAUUGAUCGGCAUGGGAUGGGAGUAGCACCCUUGGUCUACACAUUAUUAUUGCACACUAUUCAAAUUUAGUUUUGGACUGUGAUUAUGCUUAGCAUAAGUUUUGCACAGAACUUGUAAAGGUCAUUUAAAGUUCUGGUCCUUAUUUUCACACGGAAUUUAUGGAGCUAGGAUGGUUUGGGAUUGUGUGGGUUAUGUUGUCUUUGAGUUAUCUUAUAUUUGCCUGCCGAAAUUUCUAAAAAACUUGUGAGUUAGUGGUUUUGAGUGUAUUUUUGUGUGGCACUCUAGGUACGUGGUUACCUGGGGUGUUACACCACCACCUACGCGGUCGACCGCCGCGCCGUCGCCGCCGCCAUUCCGCCCACGCCUACCGAGCUGCCGCCGCCUCACGUACGCCAACAACGUUGUCGGCCCUAUCCCCGUCAGCCCAUAGCUCCGUCAAAGACACGGAGAAAAGAACAAACACGAGAGAGAAGGGGGGAAAAGCAGCAACAACAAGAGGAGGAGGCGCCGCAGCCGAGACCCCAGUUCCGAUUGAUCUCCGGUUCCCAGAUCGGCCAGGGUUUGAGGCGGGGGGCUCUGUACUUCUGGAGAUGAUGCUGCGAGGUGGGCGGCUGGCUGGCUUGGCCUCUCGGAUGGUUGGAGCCAAGCCUUUCAGCACGGAGAUAUUUGUGAGCAGGCUAUCAUUUUACACAACAGAGGAAGAACUUAAAAAUGUCUUCUCACCAUUUGGCGCUGUUGAGGAAGCUCGAUUGGUGAGAGACAACCAAACUGGAAGGCCAAAGGGAUUUGGUUUUGUUAAAUAUUCUUCUCAAGCAGACGCAGAGAAAGCUGUUAAGGCAAUGGAUGGACGGAUCAUACGUGGAAGACUAAUUUUUGUGGAAAUUGCAAAAGAAUAAAACUGCAUAGGGCAUAGUCUAUCACCAUCGUUGCUGAACUGGAGCAGUUUUCCUGCCUUAAAGCGUACUCGUACAUGACUACAUGGCUAAUCUGGCUUAGUUCCAACAAGACCUAUGAGCACUUCUCCCGGCCUGAAUGCGUACUUUUGUGACUUCUGUUGAGCCAAGUAUUGGUUUGCGAACAACAUUGUUUGUUUUUUAAAGACAAAGAAAGCUUUCAAACAGGAAAAUUGUUGUUGGAAGGUUAAGUUGAAUUUAUGAACCCGAGCUGGAAGGUUAUAUAUGCGUAGAAUGCUGGAUGACCCAUAUACCCGCCCCUGCUCCACUAGCUAGUGCUUCCACCGUUUUCUUCUGUGUCAUCUAUAAAGCGAUAUUGUUUGAAUUUGAUCUGAAAAGUAUUAAAGCCGUUAUGUA